GAGACAUUGAAGAAAGCUUCACACAUAUGCUCUCGUUGUCUUCGAGGCUUGAGACGGUGAGGAGAGCACCGCAACCAUUUCUCAUCUCUCUCUAUCUCUUGAUUUCUCUUCCUCAUUAUUCUGGAAAUCACUAGAUGUCUCUUUGAUGUACAGUAUUUUGGUUCUCUUUGAUUGAUUUUAAGAGUCUAGAUCAUUAAUCAAGUUAUGAGGCUUGCAAAAGAUGGAAGUGUUUGAGCAGGAAUCAUUAUAAGCCCUGGGGUUAACCAAACAGGAACGAAAACGGAUUUAUGAAACCUUGAGAAAACAGUGUUUGGUUUGCUCUCUUCUAUCGUUAUGUGGAGGUCUAUUUGGAAUGCCAUCACAAGCAUUGGAAGGAAGAAGGGUGCAGUUGAGCCGAGGCGUACAUGUAACCAGUUCUCAGACGAAGAAGAUGACGACGAUGUGUCCUCCAAUGAGGAGGCUUUAGAAUGCCCUAUAUGUUGGGAGUCCUUCAACAUAGUGGAGAAUGUUCCCUAUGUGUUAUGGUGUGGACACACCAUAUGCAAGAAUUGUCUCUUGGGACUCAAAUGGGCUUCUCUCAACAUCUCCGUGCAUCGAAUCCGGGUCCCGCUCUUCGUCUCAUGCCCUUGGUGCAAUCUGCUGACCCUUCGGCUCAUUUUCCGCGGGAACCUUAAAGCCCCCAACAAGAACUUCUUCCUCCUCUGGAUGGUGGAGAGCCGAAACGGGGACCGGUUCCGGUCCCACACAUGCACCUAUCACCUCCCAUCGCGCAUGAACAACACCACCGCCGGCCAUUCGGCACUCGGCACCGGUAACGGAAACUGCCGCCUCGGGAACGGCAGCGGCGAUUCCCCCCGGAGACGACCGGAAUUCUCCAUCCACAAAUCAAUCGACUUCUUCAUCCGUUUCACAUCCAGGUUCCCGCUCGUGGUCGUGCUUGUUUUCAUGGUCAUAUUUGCCAUCCCUUCCAGCGCUGCCAUUCUCAUUGCCUACUUGGCUAUCACCGUCGUCUUCGCCGUCCCCGCGGCGCUGGUUGUGUAUUUCGCGUACCCGACUCUGGAUUGGCUGGUGAAGGAGAUCAGCAGCUGAGUGAGUGAGUGUCAUAUACCUUAGAAAUGCGUUUGUAUUUAAACUUUGCAAUAAAACCUUUGUAACAUCAACAAUUAGAAUUAUGUGUUGUUCUAUAUAACAUUUCCAACCACCCUCUGAGAGCAAUUAGAAUUUAGAAUGUAAGCAAACAGAAAACAUGAUAUAAUUAUCUAUAAUUAAAAGAAACCAACUAGG